GAAUUGCUUUUGUGCUCAACAUAGAAAUGGCUGGAAAUGAAGACGACAGAGAAAUGUUGCAGGAUAUCUUAUACAAUUCUAAGUUAAGUGAAGGAUAUCUAGCUCUUGCUCGUGAUCUUGAAGUCAUGGAGGCCAAGUCCCCUAUGGAUAUAUACAAGAAAUCAGAAGCUACUAUUUUUAACUGCCAAAAACAUUGCUUAAGCAGCUAUUUUGAAGAUUGGCUUUUCAAACACGAGGAACACGGGAGGACUAAUGCUGUAGCAUGCCUGGGUAUGAUUUCACUCUGGGAUGUUGACUCUGGUCUGGCACAACUUCGCAAGUGCUUUCCCAUGAAAGAUGUGUAUGGCAUGAAAUAAAUAAAUGAUUUUUUUUGGUGGAUAUGUAGUAUAAAAGUCUCUUAGAACCUGAAUGUUUAUCAUCAUUGACACUUUCGACGCUUUCCGAACUGCCCAACAAGUGGUAUCAGAUCAUGGUUAGACUCGUCAAAACCGCG